CAGAAAAAACAAACAAACCUUAUUCUGUUUGACAUAGUAAAUCAUGCUGUUUUCCCUGGGUACUUUUAGACUAACGAAAAUGCGAGUGGAGAGGCUAAUGAAGAGAGAAUUUCAAGAAGAGAAAAUCUGUAACAGAGUGUGGACAUAUUCUUGUUGCUUUUAGCUACAACAAGAUGAAUUCGUUUUCAGUUGUUCGAAAAAAAACUCCUUUUCAAAAGCAUAGAGAAGAAGAAGAGGCUAAGAAAAAGAGGGAGGAUGAUGAAGCAGCUCGGCUGUACGAAGAGUUUGUGCAAUCUUUCAAUGGAGAUGACAUUCCUUGUGGGAAAACUUUUGUGAGAGGGGGGACAAUAAAUCCUAAUGAGCGUCUGAAAUCUGGGAAUGAAGAUGGAUCAUCCAAAGAUGGGUCCUCUAGUUCAAAGAAAGGAAGCAGGUAUAUACCAUCGUUUAUACCACCUGGAAUGGCAGGUUCAGCCAGUUUGGGGAAGGAAACUGAUAAAAAGAGAGAAGAUGAAAAAAGUAAGGAGAAGGCAAAGGGAAAGAUGCGCAAUAUAGAUAAUUUCAUGGAAGAAUUAAAGCUAGAGCGAGAAAUGAGGGAAAAACGCAAUCAGGAUCGUGAGCAUCGACAAGAAGGAAGGCCAAAUGAAAUCUCAAUGCCUGUAAGUCAUUUUGAUGAAAUUCCAGAGGAGCUCGAUUCAAGUGGAAGACUGUUGGGGUCAUUUGAUGAUGGAGAUCCUCAGACAACUAAUCUUUAUGUAGGAAAUUUGUCACCGCAGGUGGAUGAAAAUUUCCUCUUACGCACCUUUGGUCGGUUUGGCCCUAUUGCCAGUGUCAAGAUAAUGUGGCCAAGAACAGAAGAGGAGCAUAGACGGCAACGCAAUUGUGGCUUUGUUGCUUUUAUGAACAGAGCUGAUGGUCAGGCAGCAAAGGAUGAAAUGCAAGGUGUUGUUGUUUAUGAGUAUGAACUGAAGAUUGGAUGGGGUAAAUCUGUGACGCUUCCUUCUCAAGCUCUUCCUGCACCACCCCCAGGUCACAUGGCUGUCAGAAAUAAAGAGGGUCAUACAGUUACAUGGUCAGGUCCUGGUGGCCCAUCACUUUCUGGUGUAACAAGUCAGGUGUCUGAGUUGGUUGUAACUCCAAAUAUUCCUGACAUUGGGGUUAUUCCUCCAGAAGACGAGCAUCAAAGACAUGUUAUUGACACCAUGGCAAUGUAUGUGCUCGAUGAUGGAUGUUCCUUUGAACAAGCAAUAAUGGAAAGGGGACGUGGCAAUGCACUUUUCAAUUUCUUAUUUGACCUUGGAUCCAAGGAGCAUAGCUACUAUGUAUGGCGACUGUAUUCAUUUUCUCAGGGAGAUACACUUCAAAGAUGGCGGACAGAGCCUUUCAUCAUGAUAACUGGAAGUGGGCGGUGGAUACCGCCACAGUUACCACAACAGACAGGAAAGAGUCCAGAGCAUGAAAGGGAUUCUGGUACCACCUAUGCGGCUGGAAGGAGCAGGAGGGUUGACCUGGAGCGCCCACUAACUGAAAGUCAGAGAGAUGAGUUUGAAGACAUGCUCCGAGCUUUGACCUUAGAAAGAAGCCAGAUAAAAGAAGCUAUGGGUUUUGCCUUGGACAAUGCUGAUGCGGCAGGAGAGGUAGUUGAGGUUCUUACUGAAUCUUUGACCCUGAAGGAAACCCUUCUUCCGAUCAAAGUGGCAAGGCUUAUGCUGGUUUCUGACAUUCUUCAUAACAGCAGUGCACCUGUAAAAAAUGCAUCUGCUUAUCGUACAAAGUUUGAAGCAACUCUACCUGAUAUUAUGGAAAGUUUUAAUGAUUUAUAUCGAGCCAUCACCGGCCGGAUUACUGCAGAAGCUUUGAAGGAGCGUGUUUUGAAAGUUCUCCAGGUUUGGUCAGAUUGGUUUCUCUUUUCAGAUGUUUAUGUGAGUGGACUGAGAGCUACUUUUCUGCGGCCUGGAAAUUCAGGUGUUUCACCUUUUCAUUCAAUUUGUGGAGAUGCUCCACCAGUUAAGGGCACUAGCAGUUCACAAGAGCUCGGCAAUGAUGUGUUAGAAGGAACUAAAGAAAAUCAAGAUGCUGCACUGGCCAUUGGAAAGGGAGCAGCGGUUAAAGAAUUGUCAAGUCUUCCUCUUGCAGAACUUGAAAGACGGUGUAGGCAUAAUGGGCUAUCUAUUCGUGGUGGAAGGGAGAUGAUGGUUGCACGUCUGCUUAGCUUAGAUGAAGCAGAAAAACAAAAAGCCCAAGAUCAUGAUGCUGUCUUUCAAUAUGGGCGGAGUUAUCCAUUGAGACAUGGAAGAGAAAGCAACAGCACUUCUAGAUCAGAAGGAAAAUGGAAUUCAGUUGGAGGUUGGAGCACGGGUAGUGGUGAAUGGAAAGAAGUGAAUCUUGGUGCUGGUAGGGAGCAAAGGGAAUUAAGUCAGAACUUAGGGGAUUCUUCUGGAUGGCCAUAUCAUGAAGAUGGUAUGCAGCAGUCUGCUCUCACACAGUCUCCUAAACUGGCAAUUCCACAGCCAGAGCUAAAACCAUUUGCAAGCAAGGCUGGGAAAACUGAACCUAUUCUACCAGCCUCUAAGUGGACACGGGAAGAUGAGGGUGGUGAUGCUGAAGGAAAGCAGGAUGCUCAAGGUCUUGGUUUGGGUUACUCUUCUUCUGGUAGUGAGGACUCUCAUGGUAUAGAAAAAGGUGAGAGACAAGAAGCUACUGUGGACAGCUUUCCUUUAGCCAAUGACACAGGAAUGAAUGAAGAACAAAGGCAAAAGCUUCGUAAAUUGGAGGUUGCAGUGAUGGAGUAUCGUGAGUCUCUUGAAGAACGUGGCAUGAGCAAUCUAGAAGAAAUUGAAAGAAAAGUGGAUGUUUACAGAAAGAAAAUUAAAUCUGAAUUUGGUUUAACAGACGAAACAACAGAUGGGGAGAACACAGCAACAUCUAGAAAUGGAAAGCAGUCAACUCGGGUCUCAGAGAGCAUCUCUUCUGACCGAAAGAAUAGACGGAAUGAACACAGAAAUUCAUCUUCAAAGAAGCAUGCUCAUAGUCGUCGGAGCCACAGUAUGAGUCCUCAUAAAGCAAGUAGAGACAGGGACAGAGAGAGAGAAGUAAAUAGAGAUAGGGACAGAGAGAGAGAGAAAGAGAUUGUUAGAGAUUGUGAUCGUGAUCGUCUUCGCGAGAGAGAUUGGGAAAGAGACAGAGUUCGUGAGCUUGAAACUGAAAGAGGAAGGGAAAGGGAAAAGAGUAGUAGCAGAGAUAGAGAUGAUCAUGACAGGGACAUGAUAAGGGAGAAAGAUAGAGGCCGUGAUAGAGAUGGUGACAGGGAACGAGAAAGAAAAAGAAAAGUAAGAGGAUAGGCUGGGGCCUUUCUGAUUGUGAUAUAUUACAGUCAAUGAUGUUUUCAAUUCGGAGCUGGAUAGGAGCAUGUGUCAAUUGUUUGGUAUUGUAAUUUAGGUUUCUUGGUGUUCAUGCGGUUGGCCAAAAGAUUUCUCUGUUUAUGUAAAUCCAAUUUAUUUAUCAAUAUAAUUUACUCUCUCUAAACUGCCAUUUUCAUUUACAAUGGUAUGAAUACUAAUAACAGGAGUUUAUUUUGUGCCUUGAUACCACAAGUGAAUCAACGUCAUGUUUAGCCCAUUCUGGUUGUUUAGUGAUGAGCACAAAAUUGGAUCUUAUUUCCAGUAUCAUUUUGUCUAGCCAAGAAACUUUAAGCUUCGAGAGCUUUUUCAAUGCCUGGUUGGCUUUGGCAGCUCCAAGCAUUUUUGGACUGUUGAUUUGGAUGUUAGAACCUUGUAUUAUUCGCUUGAAUUAUAUAAAGAGCAAUUGGUUCGCUUGAAUCAUUUGCAAGCAUUUCAUA